AUGAUGGCACAUACAAAUUACACCUUCAACUUUGGUAGUGACUUUAUACUUGCGGGACUUUUCUCAUCUUCCCAAGCAAGUCUAGCCUUCUUCUCAUGUGUAUUUGUCAUCUUUAUAAUGAGUGUGACAGAAAAUGCACUCAUGAUCCUCCUUAUCCGAGGAGACUCACGACUCCAUACCCCAAUGUACUUCCUGCUCAGCCAUCUCUCUUUCAUGGAUAUCUUGCACAUUUCCAACAUUGUCCCCAAGAUGAUCACCGACUUUCUGUCUGGCAGCAAAACUAUUUCCUUUGUGGGUUGUGGCUUUCAGUUGUUUCUGUCUCUUAUCCUACUGGGUAGUGAGUGCCUUCUCUUGGCUGCCAUGUCCUAUGAUCGCUAUGCAGCGAUCUGCCACCCUCUGCGCUACCCAGUGCUCAUGAAGGAUGCUGUCAGCAGGCUCAUGGCUGCAGGGUCCUGGCUGGUUGGAACUCUCAAUGCCAUAGUUCACACAGCUAUUGUGAUGCACCUUCCAUUCUGUAACUCCAAUGUUAUUGAUCACUAUUUCUGUGAAUUCCCAGCCUUGCUGAAAUUGUCCUGUGUUGACACAUCUCACUAUGAAAGGGGAGUUGAUGUUAGUGCCAUUAUUUUCCUGCUGAUCCCUUUCUCCAUGAUCUCUGUGUCUUACGUACAAAUUCUACACACUGUGUUCCAAAUGAAAUCCUCAGAGGCGCAGAAAAAGUCCCUUUCUACCUGUUCUUUCCACAUGAUUGUGGUCAUAAUGUAUUACGGACCAUUUAUUUUCACAUAUAUGACACCUAGGCCAUACCACACUCCAGGUCUGGAUAAAUUCCUGGCCAUAUUCUAUACCAUCCUCACACCCACACUGAACCCCAUCAUUUACAGCUUUAGGAAUAAAGAUGUUCUGGCUGCUGCCAAAAGUAUAUUCCAAAGUAACUUUCUGAACAAAAAUUGA